ACUUUAUUUUGUUAAUGGGAUAAUUUAAUAUUAGCUACUAAUAAUUUAUCAUUUCAGAUUUUAUUAUGUCAAGUAGUACGAGAAAAGGUAGUUCAAAACGGGGACGCACUGAUACUUCAGAUCAACCCUUGAGUAGUACGAGAAGAUUUAGCUCUAAACGGGCACACAAUGAUACUCAAUCACCAUCAGAUUCACCGCAAUCCUUGACACCUUCUACUGAUGACCCUUCAACAGUUCCAUUACAUGAUGAACAACGUCAAUCUUCAAAAGAAAUACAAAAGAACGUACGUGGUCCUACUCGUGGUGAUCGCUUAAGCCGUGAACUGAAGAAUGACAAAAUAACUAAUUUAACUAUUACCUAUAAUAAGGGCGAGCUUCGAGUUUAUGGUGAUAAUGCUUCUGAUUUCACAACUAAUGUUGGCGUAAAUGUACGCCAUCAUGCUCCAUUGCAAUAUAGUGGUUGGAGCAAAGUUCCACCUGCAGAAAAAAAAGCUGUAUAUGCUCGUAUACAGGAUGUAUUCAAAUUGGACUUUGCAAAAGAUCCAUAUCUUGAGGUAAUUUGUGAUGAAUAUUGCAAAAAUGCAUACAGCAAUCAUCGUCAUAAUUGUCACCGACAUUAUAAAAAAAUGAUCGAGGAAGGAAAAAAUCCAUUAGAGCAUCGACCUACGGGUUUGGUGAUAAAAGAAGCUGACUGGAAAUGGAUGUGCACUGCAUGUUUCUCCAGCGAAGAGUGGAAGGUAUCAUAAUGUCUAUUUCAUCAUAUAAAUUUUUAAUUUUCUUAAAAAAUUAUUA